CGGACAGCAUCCAUCGCACGACAGCGAGACGCAUUACACGCGAGAGGGAGGAGACAGUGAGCCAGGUGGAUCCGGCGGGGCCCAGCUUGAAUCAUGCCAAAGGCGAAGCCUGCCGCUUUGGCGGCCGCUAACAAAGACCUUCCUCAAAACUGGGAAGCUCGCGACGUGAAGGGAAGAAUUGUUUACAUCAACCACACCACAAGGACCACGCAAUGGAGCAAGCCCAAGUUUUCGACCAAGAAGAGAGCGGCCACGGCGGAGCCGGUGGCCAGUGCGCACAGCAAGAGUGCGUCCGGCAGGGCCAACGGGGGCGCCGCCUCCGGGGCCGCUGGCAGGGGCAGCUCAGCAGCAAGGCCCGCGGCGGCAACACAAACCCGCCUGGGGGGAGCGAGCGUUAGCAACAGCGUUCCCUGGAGCAACUUGCCCGCCCCCGCCGGCGUCGCGUCCCGCGCGCUUACCACGGUAUCAUCGCCGUUGCCCGCAGGUUGGGAGAGCAAAAUUAUCGAUGGGAGGGUGGUGUACAUCGAUCACACUAACCAGAGAACCUCCUUCGAGCGACCCCGCGGGCAGGCCGGAGGGUUGCCCCAGCAGCCAAGGCCUCUUAGCGCGAGACGCCAGAUGGGCAUUGACGUGGGUGGCGAGCUGGUGCCACACUCCAACGGCGCUGAGAACCUGGGUUCUUCCCGGGGGAGUCAUGGGAGCGGACACGUGAUAGACCCUAUCUACGCCUCAAACGCGAGUUCUGCCGCCGGAGACUCGCCGCUUCCGCCGGGCUGGGGGAGGAGCGUCACCCGUCAAGGGGAGGUUUACUACGUUAACCACGUGUCGAAGACUACCACAUGGUCGAGGCCACAGUGGACGAGAGGCUCGGAUGGAGACGAGGAAUCGGUUCAUGGGGACGGGGCGAGAAAUCCAGAAAGCCUCGCGAGCAUCAAGAGCGGAAAGAGCACAAGGAGCAGGCGCGGCGAAAUGCUGGGAAAGUUCGCCGAGUCUACGGAGCCUCCCCUGCCCCCAGGGUGGGAGGAACGCAUGUCGGCGGAGGGAAAGGUGUUCUACAUAAACCACAAUGACAAGAGCACCCACUGGACUCGGCCAGACCCGCCGCCGGUGCAGCCGGACGACUCUCCUGACGAUGACGUCCCGUCUGUAGAGAAGGAAGACGUGGAAAUGGCGUCGAGAUCGAUCUCACCAGCGAUUGAAACCCCGCACCCUGACCAUCCUGGCAGCGGUGACACUGCAGCAACGGCCUCCUCCGCGUUGACCCUCCACUCCCCCGCGCGGCAAGGAGGGAUGGCAGCAGCAGCAGUAGCAGCAGCAGCAGCAGCAGCAGCAGCAGCAGCAGCAGACGACGAUGACGAUAACGGUGUCUUGACCUCGGUGAAGGAACCCCUGCCUAGGGCUACCGGGAGUACCGCCGAUGUCGGGGCCGCUGCUGCUACUGUGGUGCUGGAAGAGGUGGCGGACUCGUCUCCGGGGCGUGGAGGCUUCGGCGGCGGCGUGGACACCAACCCCAGGCGGGCCCCUUCGGCUACCGUUGUCGCCGCUGUUGGCGCUGCUGCUGAUGAAGAGCCAGAGGCGUCGUCCUCGGGGAAAGCAGCGGAACCGAUCACAGACGAUGACGACGAUGCCGCGAGACGGCGAGAAGGAGGAGAAGGGGCGGGGGCGGUGUCUUCCAUCGUCACGUCCGGUCUGUUCGGCGCCACCGUCGUGCCUCUGUACGCCAGUAGGGCCGGUGGCGUCGCGGAGGCCGCCGCCGCUGCUACUGCGGAGAAACACAAGCCGGAGCUGGAGGAGCCGGAGGUUGAUUCGCUCCCGGAAGGGUGGAUUGAGCUCAAAACGGCGGCGGGCAAGACGUACUACCAGAACAGCAUCUCCAAAACUACCCAAUGGGACCGACCGGAACCGACCAAGGCCGUUGCUGCGCUGAAAACGGCCACCUACAACGCCACGUCUUCUCCCGCCGGAGGAGGAGCAGCAGCCGAAGCAGGGUGGGAGAAGGUCAUGACCGCAGACGGACGACCGUACUUCCAGAACACCAUCACAAAGACAACCUCCUGGCAGCAGCCAGAGGGCUGGGUGGAGCCAGGAGCAACGGCUGCAUCGGCGGAGGCUAAGACAGCGGUGGCCAGCCACGGGAGCUUCUUCAAGAGCGGCGGAAGAGGUUCCGCCGCCGCGGUUAAGGAGCUGGGGGUGGAAGCCCCGGCGGAGACGGACGCUGUGGCCGUUGCGCCUACUCCCAUCGGACGUGUAGGUGGGCCGGCUGCGUCGUCCACGAGAUCGACUCCUGUACCAAAGGCAGAGGCGCAAGAGGCGCCGCUACCCCCAGGUUGGGAGAAGCUCUACACGGAAGGAGGCGUGCCUUUCUGGACGAACCACAACGAGCGGACGACCAGCUGGGACCCCCCCGUGCCGGCGCCGGCGGCCACCCCGACCAUGGUCGGCGUUGUGUCCGAGGCGAAGGGGAUGCGGCAGGAGUCCCUCGGAGCGGAGUCGGAGGUGUUCGAGAGCGUGGACGGGGACGGCGACGGCGGUGCCGUGGAGGCCGCGGCGACAGGCGUCCCGGUGGAGGGCACGCAGCAGGUGUCGAGGAACCUGGGGGCUGACGGACGGCCGCUCCCUGAAGGGUGGGAAAUGCAAACGACCGACCAGGGGAUCCCCUACUACGUGGACCACAUGAACAAGCGCACGUCGUGGGACCCGCCGAUGAUGUCCUCCGGGGGGAUGAGCGUCAUCGCGUCGGAGCGGCCCGACAUCCCCCCGGCGGAGUUGGUUCCGGACUCUGCAGACCUUUACAUGGGCGCGGACCUCCUGAACAGAUUCUUCGGAUCGUGGAUGGGAGACAAUCAGGGGAAGUCUCCGCUCGAAGCGGCGCGGAACGUGAUCGUCGCGUACCUCACCGGACCCGGGCUCAAGGUGACGAAAGGCCGCAACGCGCCCAACCUCCAGCGCUUCCUCUACCUGAGCCCCACCAACAAGCAGGUGGUGUGGGCCACGAAGGCGACUUCGAAGGGCAAGCUUAGCAAGAAGGGUCUCACGCUGGACGGUAUUACUGAGCUGCACAGCGAGCACGACGGGAUCCGGGUGGAAGCGAGGGGAGAGUCGUCGCCCCUUGUCCUUAAGAGCGCGGCCGUGGACACGCUGACGUCGGAGGGUGCCACGAUUCUGCUGGGAGUGCUGCUGGCAGACAUGACGGGCACCAUGCUCAGGCUCCAGGGGAUCAGCGGGGGGGACGGCAGCUGCUACUACCCGGCAUCUUUUGUUGAGGACGUGCUAGCAGUGCGGCGAGCCCGGAUGGAAAAGAACGCCGCCCUCGCAGCUGCUGCAACUACACCGCGCCAGGCAACAUCAAUAAUUUCCAAUCAAUCCAGCAGCGGCAGCAACGGAGGGGGACCCUCAUCGGCGAAACAGCCCGCCGAGGCUGCUGCUACUACCGCCGCCCAAGCACAACGGCCGGCGGCGAAGGCGUUGACGACAUUCUCGUCUUCGCAGCAGCAGCAACAGCAGCAGCAGCAAGACCAGGACCGUGCGCCGAGCUCCUCGAACGGCUCACGAGCAGUAGCAGCCGUCGCGGCGUCGACCCCCUGCAAGGAGAAAGUGACCGCCCGCGCUGCCCCCGUGGGAAACGCCUCCUCCGAGACGUCCUCGGCUCCUCCAAAAGGGUCGUCGGUUGCCCCGAAAGAUUCGCCUGCUGCUGCUGCUGCUGCUGCUGCUCCUGCUGCUGUUGCCAAGCCGGUGUCGGUGGCUUCGGAGUGGCGCGCGGCCGAGAGAGCGGUGUCCGCCACUGCAGGCGGCGGCGGUGGUAAGAGCCCGCGUUCCGGGGUGGCCGCGUCGUACAUGGCCCACCUGAGCAAGGCGAGCCAGAAGACCCUCAGGCACGCCAACAGCAGCAGCAACAACGCCGCGUCCACGACGAACUCGUCCGCCACGCCCAGCGCGGCCAGCCUCACCUACUCGGACUCCGGCGAGAGCGACGACGAGAAGGAUGCUGGGCGUGCGGCCGCCGCCGCGGCCGCCGCCGCCGGCGACGGUGGGCGUGCCCCGCCCCCCCGGUCGUCGUCGUCUUCCGGCCUUGCGGAGCCGUCUAGGACUGCGAGCUCGUACCCCGGUAAGCCGGAGAUAGCCACAUCCAUAGCCAUGUCCGCCGAGGACGAGGAUGCGGACUGCCCGCUCCCAAAGGAAGGAGCGGCGCCGGCGGUGGCGAAGGAGGACAAGGGUGCCGUGGCCGCCGCCGCCACCCCUAACGCUGCCGCUGCCGCUGCCGCGAGCGCGGCCUUAGCUGCGGAGACGACGGCAGAUGCCGGGGUGCCCGAAGCAGCUACUACUGCUGUUGUUGAGACCGAGAAGGCUAGUCGGCCGGUCGUGGACGAGCCUGCUGCGGCUGUGGCGGAGGAGCCUGCGGCAGAGGAGGAGGACGAGGAAGAGGACGAGGAGACGAGAGAGUACAGGAGUGUGCUGACGGAGAUGCUACGGCCCGUCAAGAUGGAGAAGUAUGUGGAGAGCUUCCUCGGGUCAGGGAUCACCCUCGACAUCCUCCCCCUGGUGGAGCGGGGGGACCUGCAGACAGAGGUGGGAAUUACGGGAGCCGUUCCUCAGCUGAAGAUCAUGAAGGCGAUCAAGACAAGGUUUCCUGACGGUUUCUGACGGUUAGCUACCGUUGUUGUUGUUUGUUUGUGUGUGAUAAGGAACCCUUUGUGACUGGGGUGGUGAUGGUGUCCUAUUAUCAAGGAGUCGACCGGGGAUUGGUCUACCCAACCUGUUCGGGAUUACGACGGUUAGGUGGGGGGAAAAAUCGGUACACUCGGGGAGUGUCCGGAUUAGGGUCGGCGGGUGGCGAGGGCAAAGGAAGAGGGGGGUACAGGAGGGUUAGAGUUGUCGUAGCCCCGGCUGCAACCGAGUAUCAGUACGAUUUAGGAUGGCAACCAAGAAGUAGUUCAUUUGGCUUGACCUUGCGGGAGAGCCCUGCGUGGUAGCAUCAGUUUUUCUGCCCCGAAGCAUGGCGGCGAGGCGACUUCACAACCGGGGGUAGCUGGUAAGCACGGCAACUGGCGAGAGCGGAGGGGACUGACGCCAAGGCCGAUGUCGCUCGCAAGGUGAUGGCUGCCGCCUAGCUAUUACGAAACCAGCAGCACCACCAGAGCUGCUAGGGUGGUUCCGGUAGCAUCCGCUGCGCCCUCCCGUGCGUUUGGAUGGGGAAAGGAGCGGUGAGGAGCAUGAAAGGAUAAACUUGGUCAUAUAUUUACUUGGCGUUGUUCGAUAAGAAGUUGAUAGGGCGGGAGUCGACGAAGAAGAAGGUGGCUAUGGCUUGGAUCUGUCGUUUUGUCGCAGCGUCCUUUUUGUGCCAAAAGGAGGAAAGAAAGGUUGAAUUGAGAAGUGUUGUCGGUGUUUUAUUUUUGCUAUAUAAAGAGGUGGGUGGAAGCUUGUCGCAACCAGGCGCAUGCAUUGUAGUAGGACGGGCGCAUACACGUCCCGGUCUUGCUAUCUUGUUCUUCUCUGUCCAAUUUCCUCUCUGGCGUGAUGGAAUGGGUUUUCGGAAUUGUUCCUCCAAUCACCUGGUAGCAGUAGGUGGCGGCUUAAGCUUGGCACAACCAGGUGUGCGUAGUGGUAUGCAGAUGUAGGACGGGCGAAUGAAUGUACGUCGCGGUCUUACGUGUUUAAUUUUCCAUUCAAUUUUCCUCUCUGGCGUGGUGGGAUGGGUUUUCUGAAAUUGGUCCUCCAAUCACCUGGUAGUAGUAGGUAGAAGCUUAAGCUUGGCACAACCAGGUGUGCGUAGUGAUAUGCAGAUGGACGGGCGAAUGAAUGUACGUCCCGGUCGUGUACUAUGUCUUUAAUUUUCCAUUCAAUUUUCCUCUCUGGCGUGGCGGGAUGGGUUGUCUGAUAGCUGUCGUUCCCCACGUGUCGGGAGUCUAGACGCCGCACUCGAAAAGAGGGGGGAGGGUGGGGUCAUCGAGCUUCUGGGGUCUGUAAAGCCAGAACGCAACCGAUUUGAUCCUGUCGAGAUGCGUCGCUGCGGGGGGGCAUGGUUUCGGUUGAUCAACAUCGCCAAUUUUAAGCGAACUUGGCUGGUCGGGCGGUUUAUUUUCGGGACGACACUCGCUGUGGUCGUCCAUUGCCUAUGGGGCCCCGCGCGUGCUCUCCCCCCCCCCCCCCCCCCCCCCCCCCCCCCCCCCCCCCCCCCCCCCNUUUCGGAAUGUACGCCUGUUGUUGCAUGUUCCUUUUGGCCGGUUGAAGAGUUUUCGAUCAACGUGGAGAGCUAGCUGUCUGCUUUUGUGCUGUUGUUGCCCCCUACGGUGCGCAGGCAACGGCAGCGGCACGCACAGAGCAGCGACCCGGCACUUGAAAACGUUUUGAGCACCUGGCUGGGCGUCUCACUGGGUGAAAUACUCUCUUCUCUUAGGUCAGUUUGUAUGUAAUGUCGACUUAAUUUUGCGAGCAGAUUGCAUCUACAUUGUCUCCUAUUCCCCGCGGUCGUUUAGCGGUAAAGUGGUAAUUGUCAAGGACCCGCCCACAGGCAUCUUGAUUGAUUUUUCUUUGGAGUCAGGGUAUUUACCCAAUAAAAUACAUACCAUUCGGAAGCUACGGACCAGGGCUUUCGAAUGAACCUACUUUGAGCUUUCACAGACAUGUUGGUCAUGAGUUAUGUCCAAUAUACCGUUUCGCCGAAAACGCGGCGGAACUAGUAAAUCUCGAUUUCCCGGCCCCCACCACCUCUGUGAAAAAAAGAAUAAUAUUUUUUUGGAAUCGUCGCCAAGAGUUGGUUCUAGAUCAC